AGUGGUGAGCUGGCUUAAAGUGUUCUGGGAAGGCUUUCCACUAGAUUUCCACUAGGGUAUGGGAAUUUGUGGUCAGGGUUGAGUUCGAGUUCCUCCAUUCCUGAACACACCAUGUCUUCAUGUAGUUGGCUUUGUACACAGGGGCAUUGCAGUGCUGGAGCAGUUCUCCGAUUUUCAUCAUCAUGACCAAACUACUGGAGUGGCUUCUCGGUGUCUCGCUGUUUGCUGUUGCGUGGGGACUCGUGACCUUUGACCUUCUUGGCUUGCAGUUGCCGACUGUGUACAAGGAAGUGGCUUGGCCAAUGCCCGUGUACCUGCUGGUGGUGUUUGGGUGUUAUUCGCUGGCGACAGUCGGAUACAGAGUCGCCACGUUUAACGAUUGCGAAGAUGCAGCCAAAGAGCUUCAGGCCCAGAUUCAAGAGGCUAAGCAGGACUUAAAGAAGAAGGGCCUGAAGAUGUGAACACUUUGGUGGAAAUGAUGGACCAUAAAAGUCCACAUCUCUGACUCUGCUAUGAUAAUUUUUGUGUCUCUGUGACUUUCUCCGGUUUGUGAUACAUUUCUGAUUUGAGACACUGAAAGAUCACAAUGGAAGCUAAAACCACCCUAAAAUGUCAAGACUUCAGACCAGAUGUAGAUGUUCUUUUCACUGCAGUGCACAUCAUACUAAGUAUCCAUAUACAAGUUGUGAAUAUAGAAUCUGGAUUGUUGUUUCUGUGUAACAUAUAUUGGUUUAAAGAUGUCUGUGGAUUUUUUUUAUGUAUUUGUACCAGUAGUCAAAGAAAUCAUCAUUCGUAGUCAGAGAAGGUAACAGUGUGGUGCUCAUGUGACAUAUCUGUGGUGUACACUCAGCACUUACACUCUGUUCAGUUGAUUUUUAACAAACUUGAUAAGAGGAUUGUUUAAGAAAUACACACACUGGGGCACGGGAAUGUCUGAAUGCAGAAAAAAGUUACUGUUCUGAUUGUGAAAUUAAUAUACAUAAACUAGUGUCUGUGUUUACAAGGAAUUUUCAAUGGAUGUUAAUUUCAAAAUAUUUACUAUGCAGUGGAGGGAACAUCAUUCAAUCACUAAAAACUUUUAUGACUAUCACUUUUGUGUUUUUGUGUUGCUUUAAAUUGCUUUCGGAUGGAAAUUUCUCUAAUGGAUGAUUUUUUGACUUAUAAAAUCUGACUGCAUUCUAUAUGUGCUACUCUGUGUUCAGUCCAGAUGUAUAAUACAGAUUAUUUUUCCCUGAA